UUUCUCCACAUGUUCAAGUUCUCAAGUUCAAUAACUCACUCACUCAAUAUUCUCUUUUUUUUUUCUCUCUUUUUCUCAAAAAAAAAAAAAGAAAUAUAAUAAUGUUUCAGAGAGCAAUAAUAUCAGUGAUGAUGAUGAUGGGCAUGGGCAUGGGUAUGGAAGCUGAUGACAACUGGUUCAUCAUGGCAGCCACGUGGACGGCGGUGGCCAUGGUGGCCGGAGGCCUGGUUUUGGGUUACUUGUAUGGGCCGUACUGGGCGGUCAGAAGGGUGCCCGGACCUCCGGCGAUUCCACUGGUUGGUCAUCUUCCUCUUAUGGCUAAGUAUGGCCCUAAUGUUUUCUCUGUUCUUGCCAAACAAUAUGGCCCUAUUUUCAGGUUUCAUAUGGGUAGGCAGCCACUGAUCAUAGUGGCAGAUCCAGAGCUCUGUAGGGAAGUUGGAAUAAGAAAAUUCAAAGACAUUCCAAAUAGAAGUAUUCCUUCUCCAAUUUCUGCCUCACCAUUGCACCAGAAGGGUCUCUUCUUCACCAGAGACACAAGAUGGUCAACGAUGCGAAACACAAUCUUAUCAGUCUACCAGCCAUCUCACCUCGCCGGCCUCAUCCCCACCAUGCAAGACUUCAUCAACUCCGCCACCCAAACCCUCGACCAAACCUCCGGCGAAGACCAAGACGUCGUCUUCUCCAACCUCUCUCUCGGCCUAGCCACCGACAUAAUCGGCCAAGCCGCCUUCGGAGUCAGCUUCGGCCUCUCAAAUCCAAAACCCACCGAGAGCACCACCGUCUCCACCUCCGGCGCCGGCGCCGACGAAGUCUCCGACUUCAUAAACCAACACAUCUACUCCACAACACAGCUCAAGAUGGACUUGUCCGGCUCGUUCUCGAUAAUUUUAGGACUCCUUAUCCCCAUUCUCCAAGAACCCUUUCGCCAGAUCCUCAAAAGAAUCCCCGGAACAAUGGACUGGAAGGUCGACCGAACCAACCGGAACCUCAUCGGCCGACUGGACGAGAUCGUGGGGAAGAGGAUGAGAGACAAGGAGAGGGGUUCGAAGGACUUUCUUUCGGUGAUUCUGAACGCGAGAGAUUCGGAGACUGUUUCGAAGAACGUGUUCAGUCCAGACUAUAUCAGCGCCGUCACGUACGAGCACUUGCUUGCCGGGUCUGCGACGACGUCGUUUACUCUGUCUUCGAUCGUUUAUUUGGUCGCCGGACACCCCGAGGUGGAGCGGAAGAUGGUGGCGGAGAUUGAUGGGUUUGGACCGUCUGAUCUGAUUCCGACGGCUCAUGAUCUUCAGACGAAGUUUGGUUAUCUUGAUCAGGUGAUGAAAGAGUCGAUGAGGUUUUAUAUGGUUUCGCCAUUGAUUGCUCGAGAGACCUCGAAACAAGUCGAGAUUGGUGGCUACACUCUCCCAAAGGGGACAUGGGUGUGGUUAGCACCAGGAGUGUUAUCAAAAGACCCAAAGAACUUCCCGGAGCCAGAGAAGUUCAAGCCGGAGAGGUUCGAUCUCGAUUGCGAAGAAGAGAAAGGAAGGCACCCUUAUGCCUUGAUACCAUUUGGAAUAGGGCCUCGUUCUUGCAUUGGCAAGAAAUUCUCACUCCAAGAGAUGAAGCUCACUAUUAUUCAUUUGUAUCGAAAGUAUUUGUUUAGGCACUCUCCCAAUAUGGAAACCCCUCCACAGCUUGAGUAUGGCAUUGUUCUAAACUUCAAACAUGGUGUCAAGCUUAGAGUCAUUAAGAGAAAUUAAUUAAGAGAGUGUUUAAGCAUGGUAAUCACAAUGCUUUAAAUAAAAUCAUAUUUUUAAAUA